CAUUCGUCAGAUGACAUUGCACGUGAUCAAAAUAAGACUAGAGCAUGCGCAGUUUACGUCUUGGACGACGACGUGCUUUCCACGAUACAGUGAAAGUAGCCAAAGCUAACUAAACUGUAUUUUAAAUGGUGUAAAAAGCAGCGCAGGAUAAACGCAGGCGAAUACAAAUUGUAUUGUGACAACCUAUAAGUUGUGAAUUGUGUACGCGUAGUUUAAAUACUUUAGACAUACUGGCCAGGGUGCUGUCUAUCUGACGCUAGCUAGCUAAUGUUAGAGUAGCUAAAUCCCGUAAACAGAGGCUGGUUAGUUUUAAUGCAGGCUGUAAUCUGACAGUAGCUAAUUAGCUAGCUGUCCACUGGUUGCAGCAUGGGACGUAAGAAACAGGACAAGUUUGUGCGCCCUGACAACAAGGGCAAAGAAAAAAGGCAUAAAAUGAAGGGGAAAUCCGUAGAGGCCUUUACAGAAGAAAUGCACACUGCUUUUCAAGCCAGUUUUCACCCAGAGGAGGGAGCAGAGGCCUCUCAGGUGAAACUGCCUUGUCCACUUGCCAUGUGGGAGUUGGGUCACUGUGAUCCCAAACGUUGUACUGGCAGAAAGUUGGUACGCAAGGGCUUUGUACGCAACCUGCGCCUCAAUCAGAGAUUUAAUGGACUCAUACUGAGUCCGAUGGGCACAAAGUAUGUGACCCCAGCAGACAGAGAGAUUGUGGCCCAAAAUGGGUUAGCAGUGAUCGAUUGUUCCUGGGCUAAAUUGGAGGAGACUCCCUUCAAUAAGAUGGUCGGAACUCACCCCAGGUUAUUGCCAUACCUCGUAGCUGCAAACCCCGUCAACUACGGCAAGCCUUGCAAGUUAUCCUGUGUUGAGGCUUUUGCUGCCACAUUCUGCAUUGUUGGUUUUGAAGAACUCGCAAUGCUCUUGUUGAAUAAAUUCAAGUGGGGGAGAGUGUUCCUGGAUCUCAAUAAAGUUCUGCUGGACCGCUAUGCUGCAUGCCUGUCAGAGGAAGAGCUGCUCUGUGUAGAAAAGGAGUAUCUCACAUCUAAACCAGAGGAGGAGGAGUUUGAUCCAUUUGAUGUUAACUCAGGAGUAGAAUGUAGGAAUCUCAACAGACGUCUGUGUGCACCUGAAGAUGAUGAUUCUAGUGAGGAUACGGACACCUCAGAGGAUAACGAAGAUGAAGGAGAGGAUGAAAAAACAGAAUGCAACAAUGAGUCAAGAACAGUCCCACAUCAUCAUGAUGAAGAAGAAGAGGAACAAACUUUAUCAAAGUCAUCACAAUAAAGCAUAUCAUAACUAUG